UUCAACAGUCAGCUGUUGCGGAGAAGUUUUUGACAGAUUUUCAGAGCUGCCCUAUAGAAGUCUUAUUUUUAGCAUCCGACCGGGGCUGAAGCUCCUACGUCGACUCCAAGCGUGUUGUGUGGGAACAUAUUUCCGCGUCGUCAGGAAAACUUUUCGGUCUCUCCUUGGAACAGCUGUCAGAAUGAGCCUGAACGAGCACUCCAUGCAGGCGCUGUCCUGGAGAAAGUUGUACUUGAGCCGAGCUAAGCUCAAAGCCACCAGCCGCACUUCGGCUCUGCUGUCGGGUUUCGCAAUGGUUGCCAUGGUGGAGGUGCAGCUGGAGCCCACUCACACGUAUCCUCCUGGACUGCUGAUCGCUUUCAGCGCCUGCACCACGGUUCUGGUCGCCGUGCACUUGUUUGCCCUCAUGAUCAGCACCUGCAUCCUCCCGAACCUGGAGGCCGUCAGCAACGUUCACAACCUCAACUCCGUCAACGAGUCCCCCCACGAGCGCAUGCACCGCCACAUAGAGCUGGCGUGGGCCUUCUCCACGGUCAUCGGCACCCUCCUGUUUCUGACUGAGGUCAUGCUCCUGUGCUGGGUGAAGUUCCUGCCGCUCAAAAAGGAAACCAACGCCACCAUCAGCUCCGGCGAGGCGGCGGCCAUCGCGUCCACCUGCAUAAUGGUGCCGUUCGGGCUCGUCUUCAUCGUCUUCGCUGUCCACUUCUACCGCACGCUAGUCAGCCACAAAACGGACCGGCAGAUCCGAGAGCUGGACCAGGUUAUUCAGCUCCAGAAACAGCUGAAUCACGGGGCCGAGAACGACGAGCUGAAGGCAGCCGGACAUUUCCCGUAACUGUAACCCGUCUGAGUUCAUGUAGACUUCCCUUAUGAAAAGGCUUUUUUUUUUUUUUUUUUUAUGUUGCUAUUUGUUCUGAUGAGUCACAGCAUGCAUUUCACAGCUCAAUCCUUGCUAUGUAUUGCAUGUUUACAAAAUUCGGUUUACUUUUAUAUGCAAGGAAUUGAAUCAUUUUUGGUUGCCGACAUCCUUACAAGAUAAAAAUGCGUGAUUUGUGAGGUGAAAUUUCGAAAGCACUGAGAUGAUGGGGUGGGUUUACACAUUUUAUUUGCUUUAAUAUAAAGAUCUACAUUUUAUUCUAGCAGCCAUUUGUUUAUCUGUAAGCAACUGGAUGUGUCACUAUGAGUGUCUGCUUGUUGAUGAGGGAGAGGUCAAGAGGGCAAAGUGUGAGUAAUUGUGCACAACAUGCUUCAUUUUAAAUAGGUUUGAAAAUGGCCGAUGUUCUAAGAUGAAAAGUGGGAUAAGGUGAAUCAAUAUUUUUCUCAAAUUCAGUAUCUCAGGCUGUCUCGAGUCUUCACUACAGUAUACCUCUACCAAAGUGCUGUUUUCUUCUCAGACAUGCUGCAGGAUGCUGCAUGUCAAAUAGUGCAGCAUUCAUUUGUAGCGCAAAGUUUUUCCCACCUUGUUUUCUUGUUGGUUAAUGAAUGAAAUGAUUGCAUUGCAUUUAUUAUUAUUAUUAUUAUUAUUAUUAUUAUU